AUGAGUUCUCAAGGUCAACGAUCUUCCAGCGAAGAUGAUUUCAGAAUCAAUGGACGGAUGCCACCCAGCAGCCCGAGCUACGGUACAAUAUUGCGAGGAGUGAUGCGCUACCAACAAUCGCCCUAUGGCACGGUGGGACAGAACCGGGCAUAUACAUCAUUAGUUCCAUCUCCUGGAUGUGGCUGCGAUGGAGAUGACGAUGUUUUUUUUCCUGAUUUUUCAUACCCAAUGCAGUCAACGCCGAUAAUCGGAACACCUAAGCAUGGCCGAUUUGACAGGUAUUAUGAGGGCCCAAUGGCACACUCACAAGGCAGCAACUCGUGGGAUACUCCAUCUCUAGGGAGCUACCGAAGACCGCCCUCCGUCAAAGCCCCAGUAAAAAGUCCCUGCUGGGAGGCCAACUCAAGAGCUGGCUCCAACAAAUACGACUAUGAGCCGUCGUAUGGCGAGUUUUCAGGGUGGGUGGGAGAAGCUUCAUCGUACGUCAGUGGCCAGGAAUCUCCACCACCAUCAUAUACUCCACCAAUGUCCGGCAGAUCCAUGUUGCCCAGUUGGCCGGACUCCCCUGACGGUAACAGAAGGAGGGGUCGUCUAGACAGAUUUGAUCAGACGCCACCCAGCGUUUGA